GCCAAUUUCCCGAGGCGAUUCACGGACAACAAUCUGACCUCAGCUGUGGAACUGGACAUAACUCCGCCAGCCAGUCCCGGUGAUUUGGAGUCCUCCUCACGAUCUUCUGUGUGCGCGGAAGCGGACACGGACUCGGAGACUCUUUUCACGGAUGAGAAACGACCCUCAAACAUCCCCAACCCCCGUUCAACAAACAAUCUGUGA